AUGGUUUUCUACUUUAAAAUACUUGAUAAGUUCGCAAACAAAAGCAAUAAGGCAGCUAUAUGCCGUGCUUGCUAUGAGGCUUUAGGUGAUGAGGCCAAAAAACUAACAAACAAAGCAAAUUUAUGUUAUAAUCAUUUGAAAUCUUGUCCACAUUGUGCAUUAAAACAUACUAAAGAAGAAUUAGAAGAAAUUUUGCAACUCGAUAAAGAAGUUAUGCAAGAAUCUGAUCAUGAAUCUAAUGAAGAAGAAAAUUCUUCAAAUAAAACAGAACACACAACAUCUCAAAAUCUUAUUAACCCAUUUAAAAGAAAAAAACAAACAAGUGUUAGCCAAUAUUUGCAUCAUUCAUUGUCAGAAAAGAUUCAACAACAAUUUGAACGACAUUUAAUUCGUAGUACAGUGAUGAAUGGAAUGUCAUUUAGAUGGAUAGAAGAUGAAGAUAUUGUGGCUGCUUUUAAACUUGCAAAUCCAGCAAUUCAAUUACCUUUACGCCGCAAAUUAAGUGGGUCUAUUUUAAAAAAAGAAGUUAACAUUACAAAAGAGCAGUUUGAAAUUACAGCAAAAGAUGGUCCUAUUGGUGUUACUUUAGCAUUUGAUGGGUGGAAAAAUGUGAAUGCUGAAGAUAUUAGUUCAGAAAGAAGUUGUGCUAUUAAUAUAAACAUGUUUACUAAAAAAUAUAUUGAAGAUUUAGCUACAAAAGAAAUCAAUGUAAUAAGACAACUUCGUAAUCAACAAAUGAAUCUUUAUAAUGGAAAGGCUUUUGCUUUAACAUCACCUUGUGAUACAAGAUGGAAUAGCUUUUACAAUAGUUUUAAUAGUAUCUUAAAAUCAAAAGAUGCAUUAACGAUACUUGUAACUAGUUUGGAAAAUUCAAAUAAUACUGAUAAUAAAAAAGUUCCCUCUGAUAUAGCUGAAAUUAUUGAAGAUUCGAUGUUUUGGAAUAAUUUAAAAGAGCUUAAUAAAAUCCUUCUUCCAUUUUGUGCUACACUUAAUAAACUUCAAUGUGAUUCAGCACGUUUGUAUGAUAUUAUGCAUGCAUAUGCAUGGAUAGUAAGCACUAUUCAAAGAAAGCCUGAUUCACCAUUUCGUUCACAUAUGUUGUCACGUUUAGAGAAAUGGUGGGAUCAAUGGGAACAGCCUCUCCUUAUAUUAUCUUGGUUACUUCACCCCACAUAUAGUUUAAAGAAGCUUAACCUUCGCUUAAACAGUUUAUCAGUACCAAUAUUAGGCAAAUGGGUAGUUUAUUACUAUAAAAAUUGGUUUGAUAAUAGGCCUGAAGAUAUUUUAUCUAAACUCGAAGACUUUUGGCAAAUAAUUCACCCUUUGACACAAUACCAUUUGAUCAAUUUAAGG